AUGUUGAAGCACGGGCUACUGCAUAUUCGGAGAAUAAGACCGGUUCAAACUACAUUAAAAAGGUAUGCCUCUGUUAAUUACCUAACGUCAGCACUAACAGAGGUUACUGAAACACCAUCGUGGCCGCAGCCACUGCAGCCACCAUUGGCAACAGAAUUAUCAUCAAACAUUGUCAAACACAAAACGCCAACACCUCAUCUGGAUAUAGAUCAGCUACGAAGAAAGAUUCUUAGUCCCAAUAUUUUAAAUGAUCUUUUCCUGCCAGAAGGACAACUGAUGUACACUCCGCAACAGAUAACGAAGUCGCAAACAUUUUUCAAUAAUGCCAAAAUCAAUCUCGACUGGACCCUUGGUGACUAUAAAGAGAUACCCGAUGUGAAGUACGACAGAAUGUAUGAAGCUAGGAAAGCUAGUCUUGAAAAAAUGGCAGAAAACAAUAUUAGAAACGAUCGACAUUUCAAUAUGAAUGCAAAGUCAACCUUUGGUAUCAAACCAGAAUUGUUACGACCUUUACCUGAAAUCUUAAUCAUGGGUCAUACUAACGUUGGCAAAUCAUCAUUGAUCAAUAAUUUACUUACUCCAAGCAAGAGUUGGAGCAGAGUAGAUCAGUUGGCAUACGUUUCUGCUAAAGCAGGUUAUACAAAGAGCAUGAACUGUUUUCGAAUAUCCAACAAGCUAAGAUUUAUUGAUAGUCCCGGGUAUGGUAAAAGGGGAGAUCUCAAACAAGGAGAGAUGGUGAUUGAAUACAUUGAACACAGAAAACUACUCAAAAAAGUCCUAUUAUUGAUUGAUUCUGUGGAAGGGUUUAGACCUGAAGACACCACCAUUAUGGAUCAUUUGCAUAAAAAUGGAGUUUCGUUCGAUAUUGUAUUCACCAAGAUGGAUGAGGUUCUCAAGAAACAUCUCAAAAAGGACUUAUUCAAGAAACCGGGCGCUGAGGAAGCAAUAAAAAGGGCUAAUCAGGCUAUUUUGGAACACUACAAUAACUUGAUCGAAAAUUCGGGGCUCCAGAACGCUGUGGUCCCUCCGAAAUUUGUAUUCAAUAAUGCACACGUCAACAAAUUUAUUCCUCAAUAUUCAGGAAACAAGAUGAUUCGUUGCAGCAUUCUUGAGAGUUGCAAUCUUUUGCCUACAUAUUGA